GUCAAAUACAAUAUACAUAAUUAUACAAAUUUUCCUGGAUUUAAGAUCUGUUUGUUUCGUAAAGUUGCGAAAAGUAUAGUGGCCUUUUAGAAUUUUCAUAAAUGAAGAAAAACAACUGCAUCUAAAGUGAAUUCAGUGGAUUUAAUAAUUCGUAUAAACAAUAGUAAACAAAAAAUUUUGUGACCGGUUUUAUAAAUAUUAUCAGUUAUUCACAACAUUACAAAUAAUUGGUUUUGUUUACAUCGUAGAAGAUGUUGGAGAAAUGACAUAGAAGGAAUAUUUUAAUGGAUCUUAAUUAAUAAGUGAAACAACAAAUGACAAUGAUAUAGAUAGGAAGAAAGUGUUUUGUUUGGAAAAAUUUUAGGUUAAGUGAAAAUAAACUGUGAACAAUGUUGUGUUUGAAAAAAGUUUUCCAUGAUGAAAUGCUUCAACUUGCUCUUAUUUUGAGCUUGUUGAGGGUGGAUAUGAACUCCCAUUUAAUACCAAACCUGGUUGACAAUAUUGAAAGUUUAGAUUUAGACAAUGGAACCAGUUGGAGAGCUUUUUCACCUGGUUUAUUGAGAUCUCAUUAUGUGCACCCUAAAAGUUUGGAUGCUAUUUUACUUAAUUAUGAGAGAGAUUUAUUUGACGAUUUGAAUUCCCUGGGAAGAUAUAAUCGAGACUAUGUGAGGCACACCGAUGUAACUACCUAUUUACUUAAUAUUGAAAGAGGAAAUCUUCCAACAACCACUCAAGAAGCUAUCGAAGGAAGUCAGAGUUCCUCAGCAGAGGCUGAAGAUGUACCAGAUACUUUAUCAAAUGGUAAUGAAAAUAAUGCAGUUUCAAAUUCAGAUGACCCUACUUCAGAGUUAACUCUCGAGGAUAUGAAAUUGAUCGAGAUCCUGUGGAAGCAGGAUGUUGAUCUAGGAUUUUCGAUAGAUAUUAAUGAAGAAGAAGAAGAUCCAAAAGCAACAUCAGCCACUAGUACUUUAGCGAAGACGGAAGAGAAACCUAGAGCCGAAACUCUUGUUAAAGAGAAUGAAAAAGAAAAGGAUAAAGACUUUAAAGAUCCACCCAACGAGGGUUCGCAGGAUCCAUGGAUAGGAAUGGAAUAUAUAGUCGAUACGGAAACGGGUGAAUAUGUAGUCAAGGCAGAACCAGAAGAAUCGGAUUUGAUUGCAGAAUGUGGUUCACCCCUUGGUCCUCUGCCUUUGGAGGAUCUCCCUCUGCCCCUUGAAGAAUUUCUUCUGGAUGAGGCUCUUGGAUUGGUGGAUCUAGACAUCGAACAACUAAAAGACGAAUCGAAUCUUGACUCAGUCAAUUUAGAAGAAGGAGCAAGCGGUGCAACAGCUGAGGCCGCAAGUUCUUUGCCAGAGAUCCCUGAUGUUGUUUUACCCCAAGAUCCUGAGGAGAGUUUAGACGACCUAACAGACAUGAUUCAAACUCCACAGUUCCAUCAUCCUCAUCAUAGGGCAUUUCAGAGUCGAAUGCCCUUUAUGAGAACUAUGAGCAUGGAACAGAGAUGGCAGGAUCUGGCAAACCUCCUAAGCUUUCCGGGACCGACAGAAGGUGGCGCUAUGCAUCAUCCCUUCAGUCACCACCAUCCCCUCCAUAAUUACAACCAUACCCAUCCUCACAGCAUGGGUUAUGGAACUGAAGCGACUCGCGGGGUACUUUUGCACAACGCUACCCUUGCUCCGCCUAUGGGUGACGUCAAUGCGACUGUGCCUUUCAAUAAUAUAGGUGGCACAAAUUUAGGAAAUGCAGUUGCUACAUCAAUGAACCUGACAAAUAGUAGUGAACCUAUGGGAGAAUCAAGCUCAGCUCACCAUUAUAAGCUGGAACCCAAUCAUGAUGUGAUGUAUUACCAGAAUAACGGUACUUCAGAAUUCAACCAAACCGAUGGAUUUCUUUCUUCAAUAUUAAAUGAUGAAGAUUUGCAGCUUAUGGAUAUGGCUAUGAAUGAAGGCAUGUAUACGAUGAGAAUGCUUGAGAGUAACAAUACAGCCAGUGGCAAUGUUAAUCUGUGUGCUGGAGUUGCCAGUGGCACAUCUUCAAUGAGUAGAUCUGAAAUGGAAAGAGUCGAUACUUCGAGUGAUAGUGCAGUUAGCUCCAUGGGUUCUGAAAGAGUCCCAUCUUUGUCUGACGGAGAAUGGUGUGAUGGAGGAUCAGAUUCCGGACAUAAUAUUGGUGAACAUUAUGUGACUGAUUACCAAGCGAAAUACAGACCAUAUGAUUAUAGCUACUCGAACAGGCAGCACACCUUAAGCACUUCUGAUCCUGGCAGGCUACCAGUGGCACAGAAAAAACAUCAAAUGUUUGGAAAACGUUAUUUCCAGGAACAAGGAUCUGCUGCUGCUAUGGGACAACAACCUCCACCGCCUGUCAAGUAUGAAUACAGAGACACUUCGGUUCCAGCCACAUCAUUCAGUAAUAUUCCUCAUCAAGUGGAAGAAGAUGGGGCCAAGCCCCCAGAAAUGAAAUAUUCCUGUACCAUGGAGUUCAAUCGUCACCAUCCCAUCGUACGCAAUCCCAUUUCUCAUGUUGCCCAUAAUCACACAUACAGUUUACCACCAGAAAGUUCGGGAGUUAUGCCAAGGCCCAUGUCCAGGGAUAAGACCAAAUCGAAAAAGAGUCACGACGAACACCUAACCAGAGAUGAAAAGAGAGCCAGGGCUCUCAACAUACCGAUUACUGUCGACGAUAUAAUCAACCUACCAAUGGAUGAAUUCAACGAAAGAUUGUCCAAGUUUGACUUGAGCGAGGCUCAACUGAGUCUAAUUAGAGAUAUAAGGAGAAGGGGUAAGAAUAAGGUAGCCGCUCAGAAUUGCAGAAAACGAAAAUUAGAUCAAAUCAACACUUUGGCAGAUGAAGUGAAAGAAAUGAGGGAUCGUAAGAUGAGACUGAGGUCCGAGUAUGAUUAUCACAGCAAUGAAUUGAAGAGGAUGAAGGACAAAUAUCAACAGCUUUAUCGACAUGUAUUUCAGAAUCUGAGAGAUCCAGAAGGCAACCAGUAUUCACCCUAUCACUACAGUUUGCAGACUUCUGCCGAUGGUUCAGUUAUAGUUGUUCCACGAUCAAAUUCCACCCACAACCCGAAUGAAAAGAAAGAACAUAUGCAAGAUCACAAGAACGGCUAGGGGCACCUUGAAUUGUUUAACCGGCAUUCUCUUCAAAUUGCUCAUGCUAUGUCGGUUAACCUUUUCUUUUACAACAUGUUCAAAGUUUCUUGUACACCAUACGUUCCUGGGCAUUUGAAUAUAAUAUUUGGUGCUACCGUUUUAAUUUUUCUUACACAAGUACCAUGUGUAUUUAUUCAGCUACAACUAAAUAGACGGGUUUAUUGAAUUUUUCUUUGCUGGUCGCCAGCUUGUCCAAAGUGAUCACUUGACAUGAAGAUUGAAGAUUAUAUUUGUAAAGAGUUGUAAGUGCUUGUGUUGGACAUAUUCACUUUUAAGGUUUGGCAACUGGUUAGUAAAAAAAAAACUAGGUACAUAAAAAUACUUACUAUAUUUUUAUAACGCAAAAAGAUACUUUGUUCAGUGAUUAAUAAAACUAUGCCUUCAUAUGAUGCUGUAUAUAUUAAAGUGUAAGAGAUUUUGGAUAUUUAUGUGAUCGGUGUAGGGCUAAUAAUCUUAACAAGUAGCUUGAAAAACAAAUCUAAAUAUUCUUGUUAGUUUUGUUUUUUGAAUGUGACCCAUAUGAAACAAAAUUUUGAAUUAUCCAAGUAGCUGUACUCAUUUAUAAUACUAAUGGAGAUCGAUAGUUGUUAAUCUGCCCAUUGUGUUACUUUUUGGUAUUUGUGAAACGUUUGGUGCACAAACUAGUUCUUUUUUUAAAUUUCAUGUUCUGUUUUUCUGCUGGAUAUUUACAUAAUAUUCCUCCAUUACUCUAAAAUAGGUUUUGUACAUUGUAUAUUGUAAGCUUAGAUUGUAUAGGUCGAUCUUUUUUGAUAAGUGGUAUCCAAUAUAUUUCAUCCAAAGUAUA